AUGGAAGAAGAAAUUAGAAAUUCAAAACCGCUUGAAGUAUUUGAAUAUCCUAUUCAAGCUUCCAACAUUAUUUGGGAAGUAGAUUCUAGCAAUCUUGCAGAAUCGAUGACAAAAAUAAUAAAUCUCAUUAAAGACAAAAAAAUUCCAGUUCAAAUGGCUCUUUAUUUAAUUGAUUGCACUUCAGUUCUCAAACGCAAGCUAAUUGCUGAAUAUACAGAGUUUUAUGAAAAGAUUUCAAAAAAAUUUUCAAUAAUGAUCAGACCAUUUAAUUUUAAAAUGGCAAUAUUGCUAUACUAUAGAGGUUUAAAAUUUGAUAAAUUCUCACCUGAAGUAGACACAAAAUACUAUGAAACAGUUGAUCCGCAAUCAAAACAAGAAGAAAUUCUCAACAUAUAUUCAAAAGAUUCUCCUUUAUACUACAUUGCUUGGGACAAAAUUGAUGAAUUAAAAGCUAAAUUCCCUGAUAUUGAUAUCAACGAACAAAUAAAUAGGGAAGUGACUCCACUUGAAUGCGCAAUUCAAUAUGGUUCAGAAUUAUGCUUCAAUUACUUUAGGAAUCUUGGAGCACAAUACACCAAAAAAUGUGCAAGAUGUGCUAUUAAAGGCGGAAACAAAAACAUCAUAAUGCAACUGAUUGAAGAUGGCCAAAUUUUUGAUUAUUUGAUCGAAGAUGCAUUUGAUUAUAGAAAUUAUGAACUUGCUGAAUAUCUUAACACAAACUUCAAACAAAAUGAGUCACAAAUAGCAGAAAUUAUGUAUUUUGGAAACUAUGAAGUUGUUUCAUAUUUACUUUCUCAAAAUGCUGACUUAAAGGGAGCGAAAUUUGAUAUUCUCUUUCUUUUCAUAUUUAUUGUAGUUUUAAAGAAUUCUCUUUCUUUUAAUAUUUUUCAUUGUUUUAUCCUGUUUUCUUUCUUUUAA